CUCAUCAAUCUCUAAUUUAAUCAAAAUUUCCCUUAUCCUCAAAUAAUGUUAGCCAGUUCAAAUCCUAAACAAAACUGAAAAUAUAAACGUUAAGAUAGUACCAUGAAACAACCCUCCGGCCGGGCGCAACAGUAUCCAGUCCAACAGAAGGAUAAGUUUUAUUCCCUCAGAAAGUCCGAGAUUAACCUUCUCUAUCGGACACAUGGGAAAAAGAUAGUUAGAAACCUACUAUGAGUAUGAUAUGUCCCAUUUAGAGCCCGAGAAGUGGUUGGUUGAGAGCCCGAGAAAAACACAGAUUUGGUCACCGAGUUCCAAUUGUCUUCUCGAAGGUUGCCGUUUCCCUUUGUCUAGAACUUGGAUCAUGAGACGGUCGGACAUUUUUUUUUUUUUAUUAUUCUUGCGCCUCAUGAGGUCAAAGACGGGAAAACUAGCUUGCCUGUACCUGUUUUGUUGCUAUCAUGACUGUAGUACAGUAUCUAGCUACAAGAGUACAUACAAGGUAAGUUGUCGAUGUAUAUCUACAUCUACUUCGAUGUACUUACAUAUGUAUGGAAGUACGAAAAUCAAGAAAUACGGAUCGCCGAACAUCCCCAUACAUUUUUUUCUUUUCCCCCCCAUAAGCUUAAUUAACUUCUAGUAAUCAUCACCACUCACUCCUACCUAGGGUACAGUACUUGUC